CUGAACAAUAGAGCUGUUUCAAUCAGAGAGUGAGAGCGGUGUAAUACAACCCCAUUAUGUUUAACCAGGAAGACAGCAGAGUGGGUAGGGUGACGACAGCUCUCUGUGGGAAUAUGAUUCACUCGUUGCUGUAACACUUAAGUUAUGACUUUAAUAUGGCUGAUACGGGUCCGUUUCUAACCUCAUGUGUUAUUUUUUAUCUGUCGAUCGGGGCCGCAAUAUUCCAAAUUCUUGAAGAGUCAAACUGGGAAUCAGCCCGAGACAAAUACACGCUAGACAAAAAGAACAUUUUAAAGAAGCAUCAAUGCUUAACAAAAGAAGAUCUGGACGAGAUUUUGAAGAUAGUGUUAGAGGCUGCGGGCCAGGGUGUCACCAUCACCGGGGAGAAUCACCGCAGCACCUGGGACUGGUCAAACUCUGUCAUCUUUGCUUCCACCAUUGUCACCACCAUAGGUUUUGGUAAUGUCGCUCCCAAGACUAAAGGCGGUCGUGUGUUCUGCAUCCUGUACGGUCUGUGUGGGAUCCCCCUGUGUCUGGUAUGGAUAAGUAGGCUGGGCUCAUUUUUUGGAGACCGGGCCAAACGUCUGUCCCAGGUUAUGAUCCGUAAAGGCGUUUCAGUGAAAAAGAUCCAGUUUACCUGUACAGCCUUAUUCUUGUUAUGGGGGCUGUUGGUGCACCUGGUGAUCCCUCCAGUAGUAUUCAUGUAUAUGGAGGAAUGGACCUACCUAGAAGGGCUCUACUACUCUUUUAUCACACUCACAACAGUUGGUUUUGGAGAUUAUGUGGCAGGUGUAAAUCCAAACAUUGAGUACCCCAGACUGUACAGAAUAUUUGCAGAGUUAUGGAUCUACAUGGGCCUGGCCUGGCUGUCUCUGUUCUUCAGCUGGAAUGUCCACAUGGUAGUGGAAGCUCACAAGGUGUUUAAGAAAAGACGACGACACAGGCACAGACACGAUGAAGAACCCCAGCCUGUAGAGGACAAGCACAAACCGGAUGAAAGGUGUAAUGAAAAUGUAAUUGACAUCUUCAACUUCCCAGAGGAAGAAGACUACAGCACUGUCAUCAAGAUGAUUGGAGCCACAGCAAAGAAAAACAAGCCGGCAGACAACAUAAAUCGCUCUAAGAGCUGCAGCGACAUUUUGGGCACCAACAUCGAGACCCUGGAUCAGUCACCUCGGCACAGACGCAUGAUUAGUAUCAGUGAAGUGUUCAUUAAUACAAAAGCUGACGUGAACAAUGUUGAACAAGAAGAGGGGCGUUCUCUCGUACAAGAAAGCAAAGGAGGCCCUGAACCAUCAGAAUGUGGGCGGAAAGAUAAUGACGAGAACAAGGAGAGAUUAGAUCCAGAAACUGAUGGCAUCAUCUUCACUGUACCUACCAAAGAUGCUACAGAGGAGGAAAGCAAUCCUAAUGGUGGGGGGAGUAGGUUUAAAAUAUCCAAGGUAGUAGAGGAAGUUUCAUUAAUAGAUAAAGAUGAAAAAGGGUGAAGGGUAUUUUCUAAAAUUUUCAUUCAUUCAUUCAUUUUCAGUUGCGCAAGAAGUCACGAUGUGUGUGCUGUGUGAAGGAGUUUUAUAUGAAAGUCAAAAAUAUACUAAAUGACUGCACAGAGUAAGGUUUGCUUUGUGCUUCACAAUGACAUUGUUUUAAUCAACUUUUCAAUUAUUAGCUGCACACAAUGAGCCAGUGUAUGUAUCAAG